CGUAUGCUCGAUUUGUUUGUUUUUCUGUUUUUUUUUUUGGUCGAAAAAACUCAUUUGAUUUUCAAGUUUUUUUUUCUGUUUUGUUUGAUUUUUCCUAUUUAAUAAUUUUAAAAUUAUGGCUUUUCGACAAUUAAUCGGAUUAACAUGGCGACAAUUACAAUCACAUGAAUCUAGAAUCUUAUCAACAUCAUUACAACGAUAUAAAUCAACAUCAAUAACAAGAGGUGUAUUUCUAGACGGUGAAUGUGAAGAUAAUUCUAUUGUUUUAGCCGAUCCGGAACAAGUUUCACUUGAUCAACAACUUAAAAAUUCAUAUAUAACCAUAGAAGAACCUAAUACAUUGUCAAAUAUAUCUGGUGUACCAUUGGAUCAGGUAGAAGAACGACGUGUUCGAAUCUAUAAACCAGCCAAGAAUGCUAUGCAAUCCGGUACUUUUGAUACACAAAAUUGGAAAAUAGAUUUUGAAAAUCGUGCACGUUGGGAAAAUCCAUUGAUGGGAUGGACAUCAACUGGUGAUCCUAAUUCCAAUCUAUAUCUUUGGUUUCCAACCAAAGAAGAUGCUAUUGCUUAUUGUGAACGUAAUGGAUAUUAUUAUGAAGUUGAUGAAACACAUGAACGUCGUAAAUUGAAAAAAACUUAUGCAGAAAAUUUUUCCUGGAAUCGACGAACACGUAUUGGUUCGAAAUAAAAUUUGUCAAAACAACAGUAAAAUGAAAAUAAAUUAGCAACCUGAUAUUUUAAUUUUUAAAAAAUUUCAUUU